CAAUAACUGUGGAAAUCAAGCCAGAGAGGGCCGGCCUAUUCUCACAUCGUUGUCGUCAGCAGCAGCAUCAUGUCCCGCUUCCUGUCCGAGCCGAUCACGACCAAGCACUCGCAUCAACUCACAGCGCCCAAGCUGAAUCUGAACAUCGGAUACAGCUCCAUGCAAGGGUGGCGUGACACCAUGGAAGACGCGGAUGUGGUGGAGAUUGACAUCCCCGGUAACGUCAACGGCGCGUGCUUUGCCAUCUUCGACGGACACGGAGGCGACCACGUCGCCAAGGCAGUGGCCAAGGAAAUCAUUCAGAACAUUGCCGACACGGACGACUUCAAGCGCUUCGACGGCACCGACCACCGCGUGAUGGUGACAGCGUUGAGCCAAGGGUUCCUCAAGACCGACGAAUCGAUCCGCAACAACGAAGCCGUCGGCGGCAACGCGGACGAAGUUGGCGCCACGGGUCUCCUCGUGAUUGUCACGGAAAAGCACAUCUUCUCGGCCAACAUCGGGGACUCUCGAUGCAUCUUGAGCAAGAGCCAGAACCAAUCGCCGAUCCAGAUGUCCCUCGACCACAAACCCGACCACGAAACCGAGAAGCUUCGCAUCGUCGCGGCCGGCGGCACCGUGUUCCGCGGGCGCGUGUGCGGCGGCGUGGCCGUGAGCCGCAGCUUCGGGGACUACUGGUUCAAGCGCAACGAAGAAGGCAAGCCGGACAAGAAGCCGUGGGAGCAUCUCGUGAUCGCCGAGCCCUGCGUGAACGUCCAGCCGCGCGACCUGAUCAAGGACGAGUUCCUCGUGUUAUGCUGCGACGGCAUCUACGAUGUCAUGUCGAACGAGCAGGUCCAGCGUUUUGUGCGCGACCGAUUCAAAGCAGGCAAGAGCCCCAAGGAAGUGAGCGAGCUACUCAUGGACGAGUGCCUGAACAAGGGCAGCCGCGACAACAUGAGUGUCAUCAUCGUCGUGUUUAAUGCCAAGAAGAAAUAAUAACCCCAAUCUACUCUAGAUUGCUCGUGCAAUAUAUAUAUAUAUAUUAUAUAUAUAGAUAGAUACAU